UCUUCGCGCUGCUGUGUUGCUGCUGCUGCUGCUGCUCUGCCCACUCGGUCUUGUAACGUUAUCCCUCCCUCAUUAACUCCCGUCCGCCAACCUUGGUCGAUCCCUCCCUUCCCAUUUUACCCAUCAUCUCUUCUUCCCUUACUCUCUCCAUCAAUCACUACUACUACUAUCACUAUCCAUCCAUCUUCACCCAUCUAACUCCUCCUUCCUGUUUUUCAUUCUACCCUCUCCAACGCUAUCGUUACGUGUAUUGUCUUUUCGAUAUCCCUUAUAGACUACUCGCUUCAUUGCUUACUAGUAACCCUCCUGAAUCGAUUCACUCUCACCCCUUUCUACCUCGGAUCACAUCAACUCCCAUCGUCUCUCGUUAUCAAAUCCAACCCACCCCUUUCUCUGCUCCGACCGUGCACUUGACCAAAUCGCGCUGGUCUUCGCUCUCGUUUAUCAGGUUGCGCUACUUGAACAGCUUUUCACCUACACAUCCUCAUCACCAUGGCUACAUUGGCAGAACAUCCGGCGGUCGCGCCGUCAACCUUUGACCAGGACAUCGAGUCUUUCCUCGAUCUUGAUCAACUAGCAUACACCUCCGCAGAGCCCGCCCGCGCAAAGACCGCCCUGGCUGCUCAACCCACCCUACCAAGCACCGAGUUCAACGCUGGCGAUGUACGAAGUGCUGGUUUUGCCUCGACAACAAGUCAACAAGCCCCGAUCGCAUUCCAGGGUCCCAGUCACCAGUAUGAUGAACACAAGCAGCAGACCGGCCUGCCUCCAGGCGCCCUGGCUCAUGCCAUGACUUUCAACAACCACAUGAACGGCAUGGGUUAUGGUGCCCCGAGUCCCGGUUUUCCCAUGGGCGGAGACUUCUACCCUAGCAGCCAACUGAAGCGCGAAGAGCCUUCCAUGGAUUUCAACAGCCCCCCGACUCGCAACACCUCGGAUAUGGACCUGGAGUCCGACAACAUGGGAUCGGUUCCUGGCUACUUCAUCUCCCCGAACCCGAGCAACAAGAGCCAGUUCGUCGACCCCAACGCUUUGGGCGGCCAUGAGAUGGCCUCCAUGGGCCCUUCCACUCAGGUCGGACGCAUGUAUCCGGGUAUGCACCAGCAGCAGGCUGCCAUGGCCAAGGCCGCUCAGCAACAGAAGCACAACGAGUACCUUCGCCAGCAACACCUCCAGCAACAGCGCCGCAUGGACGAGCACAUGCACCACAAUGCAGCCCCCCACAGCCAGACCCCUCGCCCCUCCAAUCCGGCUGUUGAGGAACGCAUCUCCCGCCUCUUGCAACAGAUGCGCCAGUCUGCCUUGAACUCGCCUGACGACUCCCCCUCUCCUCCUUCCCUCCUGCCUCAGAUGGCCAAGGCCAAGAAGGAGGAGCAGGAUAUGGAUGAGGAUGAGAGACUCUUGGCUAGUGAAGAAGGAAAGAAGCUCAGCAGCAAGGAACGUCGUCAGCUCCGGAACAAGGUUUCCGCUCGUGCUUUCCGGUCUCGCAGAAAGGAGUACAUUGGUCAGCUCGAGAGCGAGGUUGCCGCCAAGACCAACGAAGCCCACGAACUGCGUCUGCAGAACCGUUCCCUCUUUGAGGAGAACGCCCGUCUCACCGACCUCGCCCGCAUGCUCCUGUCGUCCCCUCACUUCUCCUCGUUCCUGGACGAAAUGGGCCCCAACGGUCUUCCCCUGCCGAGCCAGGUGCAGUCGCAGCCCCACCCUCAGCACCACCAGCACCCUCAGCACCCGCAACAGGCCCAGCCUCAGCAGCAGCCGCCCCAGCAGCAAGCGCCCGCCAUGACGCAACCGCCUAUGCAGCAAGCUCCUCCCGUUGGUAUGGUCAUGGUCCCCAACCAGGGACUCGAUGUCUCGGCCAUGGGUAUGAACAACGGUGGCUGGAACUCCGGUAUUGACAUGAACUACGGCAACCCCUCCGUGUUCGCUGUCCUGGAAGUCCCCGAGCCCGCCAUUGACACCGAGGCCCUCUCUGGAAAGACCUCCAGCAUCGUGGACUCUUGCCUUCCCAGCGUUGCCAGCUCCAAGGACGAGGCUCCUGUUCUCGCCUCCAUGCCAGCUGUUGCCGAAACCGAGCAGAAGUCGGAUGUUGGCGUUGAGAACCCCGAUGUCGUGAUGGACGAGUCGGACCCUGCUUUCGCCCUCUUUGCUGAUAUGCCUGCCGCCCCUACAUCGCAAGGUUCUGCUUGUGCUUUCGAUGGCAUUGCUACUGGAAAGUCGGCUUUUGAGCUUGUUGUCGAGGGCGAGGUCAAGGACAGUGCCCAACAAUUUGCUCAUCUCUGCCACAGCAUGGAAGCCGCUUUCGAGCGCGUGUCCAUGAUGACUGCUCAUCUUUAAUGAUUCCCCAUGUCGCGCACUUUCGAGCCUUAUAAGUACUGUAAAGCUGGUUCUUCGUUUUUGCUAUUUAACCUUCUCGCUAGUGGUUCGAAAGACUAUUGAACCUGCCAUGUAGACACCAACGUCUUUCCUUUGUCAAUGAUCUUGUGUUUAUAUACUUCUGCCCCACGACGUGGCUCAUUCCUGUCUACGCUUAUUCUUUCUAUUGCUGCUCGUCUUUUCUUCUACUUUUUUCUUUUUCAUCCUCUUUUUCAGGGGUUCGACGGAAUGGCUUCUGGUGUCUGGAAGAGGAAAGGCUACUUGGGAUUGGAAUUUGGGAGCUUGGAAUUAUGGAUUGUCCGGACUGGCUAUUAGGGAACACAUCAAGAUACAAAUUAACUCCAUAUCAAAAGUUGAAUGACCUUAGGAUCUGCGAG